AUGAAGUUAGAAUCUCCUGAUAUAGCAGAGACAGUAGUACAUUUUAACAGUAAACCUAGCAGUGAAAAUAAUCAAUUUGAAUUAUUGAAUUCCAGUAGUAAUAAUGAUGAGAGUAGUGGAACUGAAUUAAUAGAUGAUGAUGAGAAUAAAAUUGUGAAAUCAUCUGAAUCAGAAUUGGAAUUAAUAACUGAAAGUGAUAUAGACA